CCAACUACUGGAGCUUUAAGACAAGGAGCUCCCGGCACUCCCAGGGCUCCCAGCCUGGCUUGGCCGACCAAGCCAAACUCUCCUUCGCCUCGGCCGAAUCCCUGGAAACGAUGUCGGAAGCGGAGCUGCCCCUGGGGUUCAACAGGAUGAACCGGUUCCGGCAGAGCCUGCCCCUGUCCCGGUCCACCAGCCAGACCAAGCUGCGAUCUCCAGGGGUCCUCUUCCUGCAGUUCGGGGACGAGACGAGGCGCGUGCACAUCACCCACGAGAUCAGCAGCAUGGACACCCUGCACGCCCUCAUCGUGCACAUGUUCCCCCAGAAGCUCACCAUGGGCAUGCUGAAAUCCCCCAACACCGCCAUCCUCAUCAAGGACGAGUCCCGGAACGUCUUCUACGAGCUGGAGGAUGUCCGCGACAUCCAGGACAGAAGCAUCAUUAAAAUCUACCGGAAAGAGCCGCUCUACGCCUCGUUCCCAGCCUCCCACAUCACCAACGGUGACCUGAGGAGGGAGAUGGUGUACACCUCCAGGGAAUCCUCUCCCACCCGCCGGCUCAACAACAUGUCCCCGGCCUCCCACCUGGCCUCGGGGUCUCCCCCGCCCGUGCUGCAGUCCUCGUCCCCGUCCCGCUCCCGCAUGUCCUACAGCGGGGGCCGCCCGCCCUCCUACGCCGGCAGCCCCGUGCACCACGGCGAGCGCCUGGCCAGCCUCCCGCCCGCCCCCGGCGUGUCCCCCAGCCCCAGCGCCAUCCUGGAGCGCCGCGACGUCAAACCCGACGAGGACCUGGCCGGGAAGAACGUGGUGCUGGUGAAGAACGAGGGGCUCUACGCCGACCCCUACGGGAUGGUGCACGAGGGCCGGCUCAGCAUCACCUCCACGCAGUCGCUGGCGGGCAUGGGGGACCCUUUUGGCUACCCGGGGGGGCUGUACAAGCGGGGCUCCGUGCGCUCCCUCAGCACCUACUCGGCGGCGGCGCUGCAGUCGGAGCUGGAGGACGGGCUCUACAAGCCCAACGCGCCCAUCUACGGCGACACGUACGGCCCCGGGCUGGGCUUCCGCGUGCCCCCCUCGUCCCCGCAGAAGAUGGUGGACGUGCAGCCCGGGCAGAGCCCCCACAGCCCCUACUCGGGGCCCCCCAGCCGCUCCUCGCCCGUCCGCCAGUCCUUCCGCAAGGACUCCUGCUCCUCGGUGUUCAUGGACAGCCCCGUGGGCAAGGCGCGCAACCCCAGCUCCUCCGGCCCCCCCGAGCUCUUCCCUGGCCCCGGCGAGCGCCCGCUCUCGGGGUUUGGCUCCCCAGGACCCGCCAAGGACACGGAGACGAGGGAGCGGAUGGAGGCCAUGGAGAAGCAGAUUGCCAGCCUGACAGGGCUGGUGCAGAGCGCUCUGCUCCGCGGCUCCGAGGCUGAGACCCCCAGCGAGAAGACAGAAGCCACCAACGGUGGGACCCCCCCGUCAGCGUCCACCAGCCGCAGCGGGGGCACCCCGGUGCCCGCGCCUCCGCCGCCCUCGGCCAGCAGCACCCCGGCGGGGCAGCCCACGGCCAUCACCCGCCUGCACAUGCAGCUGCACCUCCACGACCUGCAGCAGAACGCCAGCGACCUGCGCAACCAGCUGCAGCAGCUCAGGAAGCUGCAGCUGCAGAACCAGGAGACGGUGAAGACGCUGCUGCGGCGGACGGAGACGGAGAUCAGCGUGCGGGUGACGGACACCAUGCGCAAGCACGAGGACCCUCUGCAGCGCCAGCGCAGCCUCGUGGAGGAGGAGCGGCUCCGCUACCUCAACGAGGAGGAGCUCAUCACCCAGCAGCUCAAUGACCUGGAGAAGUCUGUGGAGAAGAUCCAGAAGGAUCUGGCCCACAAUCACCGGCUGAUCCCUGUGCAGGAGCUGGAGGAGAAGGCGGUGGUGCUCAAGCAGCUGGGGGAGACACUCACAGACCUGAAGGCCCAGUUCCCCAGCCUGCAGAGCAAGAUGCGGGUGGUGCUGCGGGUGGAGGUGGAAGCUGUGAAGUUCCUCAAGGAGGAGCCGAACCGGCUCGAUGGGCUCCUCAAACGCUGCAAGACAGUGACAGACACCCUCGCCCAGAUCCGCAGGCAAGUGGACGAGGGCGUGUGGACCUCCCCCAGCAACCUCAGCCAGUCCCCCAAGAAGGUGGCCCCCGAGACAGACUUCAGCAAAGGGCUGGAUUUGGAGAUGCCCACCAGCCCCCCCGUGAGCCUGGGCAUGCCCAGCUUCGGGCACAGCCCCCCCCAGACCCAGAGCCACCCCUCCAAGAGCAAUAACCCUGCCCGAGCCCCCGAGAUGGUGCCCGCCAAGACACAGACGGGGCCGGAGACCCCCAGCAAGAAGAGCGCGGACAAAGCUGUGUCUGUGGAGGCGGCCGAGCGGGACUGGGAGGAGAAACGGGCAGCGCUGACCCAGUACAGUGCCAAGGACAUCAACCGCCUCCUGGAGGAGACGCAGGCCGAGCUCAUGAAGGCCAUCCCCGACCUGGAAUUCGCUGCCAAGCACAAACAAGCCCCGGGCAGCGGCAGCGCCGCCUCCACCCCCGAGCACAAACCCUCCAAGCCGCAACACGCCCCCAAAUCGGGGGGCAAAGGGGACCCCAACGGCCGCCGGGGCUCAGACGAGCUGACGGUGCCGCGGUACCGGACCGAGAAACCCUCCAAAUCCCCCCCACCUCCCCCUCCACGCCGGAGCUUCCCCUCGUCCCACGGGCUGACCACCACCCGCAGUGGAGAGGUCAUUGUCACCAGCAAGAAGGAGCCUGGGUUUAUGAAGAAGGCCGAGUCGGAGGAGCUGGAGACGCAGAAGCCGCAGGUGAAGCUGAGGAGGACGGUGUCCGAGGUGGUCAGGCCGGCCUCCACCCCCCCCAUCAUCGCCUCGGCCAUCAAGGACGACGACGACGAGGAUCGGAUCAUCGCCGAGCUGGAGGUGUUUCAGAGAAGCUCUGCCUCCCCUUUCCUCCCCAAGCUCCACCACGAGCCGCUCGUGGCCGUCUGCCCCGGGCUGGCAGAGCUGUGGCCCAACGGAGCCUCCGUUGCAGCCCAAGGAUGGAAGGUAACGGCUCCCUGCGAGCGACCACGGGGCUGCACCUUCACCACCUGCUCUCCUGCCUCUCUUUUUAACUCACUUCUGCUUCUUCCUCUGGUUUAACAAACUAAUGGCUUCUCUCCACCCCCUGCGUGGCCGGCACUGACACGGCUCAGGACCCAGCACUGACCCACCCGACGGCCUCGUGGCUCCUGUGAGGGCCAGGUCGGGGUUGGGAGGAAGGAAGGGGCCACCCCAGCACCACCCCGGGCAUGGCACAGGGAGGGCUGGCUGCUCUCACCCUGCACUGGGUGCCCAGGGGGUGUCACUGGUGGGCGAUGCAUGGGACAGACCCCCCCGGCUGUGCAUGAUGAGGGCGGAAGGUGAAGGGCUGGGCUCUGCCUGGGCCUGGCCAUGCCUCCCUCCCAACCUUCCUGCCCUCUGUCCUGGGCUCCAGGGUGGGGAAAGCAGGAGGAAAGUGCCUGGAGGGUGGAUGGGGUGGAGUAGGGGGUGCCCAGAGCGGGGGAACAAGGGGGCAAAGGGCAGGACAGAGGGUCCUGCUGAUGCCAGAAGGCACCGAGCGAGGGGAGCUCUGCCUCACCUGC